CCAGACUGAGGCUGGCGAAGGAGAGAAUGUUUGCCUGCAACAAUGGUUACUAUCUAACAAACUGGAAACACAUUAUUUUCUACUAAGGCCUGAAAAAGAAAAAAAAAAUAGAUAAGACAUUCUGCAAUACAGUAUUUGUAUUUUUUCUGUGAAUGCUUUUCGGAAUAUUACACCUUAAAAGGUCUUGGAAAUCUAUUUUGAAAUAAACCUGUUGCAGAUUCGACAGCCCUGUUUCUCCCAUUUCACGAUGUUCUCUUGUGGAAGUGAUGCGCUGUGUCUCAUCAGUUUGGGAUAGUUGUAGCUGGAGUUAUUGCAGUAUUGUAGCUCGAUCGGGACUGCCGAGAACUCAAUAGAGCAGGGAAAAUGCACGUGUCCCUAGCAGAAGCUCUAGAGGUGCGUGGGGGGCCGCUGCAGGAGGAGGAAGUCUGGGCUGUAUUGAGCCAGAGUGCUGAGAGCCUGCAGGAGCUCUUCCGCAAAGCGGACCCCUCUGCCCUUGGGUUUAUCAUCUCUCCCUGGACUCUGCUGCUGCUCCCCUCUGGAAAUGUAUCCUUCACUGACGAGAAUGUCACUCAGCAGGAUCUGCGUGCUUUCACUGCCCCCGAGGUCCUGCAAGGGCUGUCCCCAUCUUCCCUGUCAGACAUCGAGAAGAUGCAUAUGUACUCUUUGGGGAUGACCUUGUUUUGGGGUGCAGACUACAAAGUGCCCCAGAGCCAGCCAAUCAAUCUAGGAGAGCAUCUCAACAGCAUCAUGCUGAACAUGUGUGAUGAUGCCGAUCACACUCGAGUAUCGGUGCGGACUGUGCUAGAUGCCUGUAGCGCGCACGUCAGGAACACCAGCUGUGAGCCCUCUUUCUCCUACGUCCGGAAACUAGUCAGAUUGGUGUUAGGCAGUCUAUCUCAGUUGGAUAGCCUGUUGUCAAAAAGUGAAAGGGAGUCACUACCAGAACGAAGCAAGGAGAUCCGAGAACGUUUGAGAGGCAAAGGCUUGCCCUCAGGGAGAAGUGCAGCACCUAGGGUCCUGGAGAGGUACAGAGCCCGGGCUCAAGAGCAAGUGCCACUGAACCGGGGGCUCAGCCGGUCCAUGGGGUCUCUGCCCAUCAACGACCUCCUCAGGGGAGAGGAAGAGGGAGGUGCCCCCUACACAUCUUUGGAUUACAAUCCCGGGCACGCGGGUGGCCCAGAGCAGUUUUAUCAGCAAAGAGUCAGGCGAACUGCAGCGGACAGGAAGCCUCCUUCCUAUCGUGGGGAUUCGGGAUACCCCAGGAAAAAUUGGUCGUCCUCUCUGGAUUUGGCAGGCUAUGACCUGGAAGCUCUCCGAUACGGUGCAAGGGACGGGUCUCACAAAGCCAGUUCCUUGUCUCAGCGUUCUGAAGGAAGAGUCGGGGAGUACAGGAGCACUGACUUUGGGGGACUGUCAAGCAGCUUGGAGCCCAGGAAAGCCCAAUACGUGCCAGCCCACAAUGUCAACUCUGCACUCCUAGGUGCAUACGACAGGAUUAAGGAACGGCAGAAGAAGCUGCAAGUGCUCAGGCAGGCCAUGGAAGUGGAAGAGCCUCUGAGCACUCAUCGAAGAUACCACAGUGAUGCAUGUAGCAGCUCCAGUGAAAGUCCAUCUAUAGCUUCUUCAGAUGCAGACUACAGACAAGCAAGAAGACCCGAGGAUGUGAGAAGAUAUGGCUCUCAGGUGGGCAUGUCUGAACAUGAUGUCAUCUCUCUAGCCAGUCAUGUGUCUUUACGAAACAGGCCCUACGAUGUGGCCUCUGAGGAGGGCCUGGUGAGUGGGGAGGUGAUGUUGAGGAGGCAGGAGGAGGAGAUGCAGAGGCUGCAGGCCCAAAUGGCACACAGGCACUCAUUAGCCAGCCUGUACUCGGGGGAGCUGCCCAGGACUUCGCUGCUUGACAUCACACGAGACCCGUUGAGAGACAUGGCUCUGGAGAACUCUCUCACUCAGAGGAAACUGAAGAAUUUCUUCGGCCCCGAGUUUGUGAAAAUGACCAGUGAGCCCUGUCUCUCUCUGGAUGUUCCUACUUCAAUUCUGAACAAAAAGGGAAAGGGGGAUGACAUUCGAAGGAUAAUCAACAUUGUACUGCUGAGUGGACAGAGGCUUGAGCUGACAUGCGAUACCAAGUCUAUCUGCAAAGACGUGCUGGAUAUGGUGGUUGCCCACAUUGGCCUUGUUGAGCACCAUCUGUUUGGCUUGGCAUUCUUCAAAGACAAUGAGUUUUUCUUCGUUGAUCCUGAUGCAAAACUUUCUAAAGUGGCACCAGAUGGCUGGAAGGACGAUCCCAAGAAGAAGAGAUCGGAUGUUAACUUCACACUUUUCUUCCGAAUCAAGUUUUUUGUGGAUGAUGUCAACAUGUUACAGCACACUCUGACCAAACAUCAGUACUACCUGCAGCUGCGGAAGGACAUCCUGGAGGAGAGGCUGCGCUGUGAUGAGGAGAGUGCAUUGCUGUUGGCAACACUAGCACUGCAGGCAGAGUUUGGUGAUUACCAGCCAGAGAUUCAUGGGAAAAGUUAUUUUAGGCUUGAACAUUACUUGCCCAUCUCCGUGCUAGAGAAGGUGGACCAGAGGACUGUCAAGGAAGAGCUCCCUAAACUGCAUUCUACCUAUACUGGGGCUUCAGAAGCAGAAACGGAAUUUGAAUUCCUCAAGGUUUGCCAGAAGCUCACAGAGUAUGGGGUGCACUUUCAUCGGGUGCUCCCAGAAAAGAAAUCGCAGACUGGGAUCAUGUUAGGAGUGUGUUCUAAAGGUGUGCUCAUUUUUGAACUGCUCAACGCAGCUCGCACCCCGGUCUUGAGGUUUCCAUGGAGGGAAACCAAGAAAAUCUCUUUCACGAAAAAAAAGAUCAGCUUGCAGAACACCUCUGAUGGGAUCAAGCAUCUGUUUCAGACAGACAGCAACAAGACCUGUCAGUACCUCCUUCAAAUGUGCUCUGCUCAGCACAAGUUCCAUCUGCAAAUGAAAGCAAGGCAGACCAACCAGGAGCUCCAAGACAUCGAAAAUUCCUCUUUGGGCAACAUGAACUAUCUCAGUGCGACGCCUCCUAGAAGUGGAUUGGGACACGCCAUGAGUACUGCUAGCCUUGCCCCUAGCUCCACUGGGCUUUCUGCUGACCUGCAGCCUGUACAUACCGACCAGCUGAAGAGGAUCUCCCACUCUGAGCUUUCCCUGAAUAAGCAAGGGCCAGGAAGGUGGCAACUUGUAGUGGACCCCCCCUAUCCCAGUUUCGGCCCCAAUCCACGAGCGAUGAGCAGAUCACACCAUAAUCUUAGCCGGGUCCCCGAGCCCCCCGAGGGGCCUGGUGGCACGCAUGCCAGCCAAUCCCGCAGUAGCCUGAACAGUGCCCAUCUGCUGGCUAAUCCAGACGGGUCCAGACUGCUGGCCUCCCACCAGAGAGCCAGCUCUGACACAGGCUCCAUCACUGCGUCUAGGAAGCACGAGACUGUUUCCAGCUCCAAGUCCUUUGCAGGCUCGACUCGAAACCCUGAGAGAUCCCUCAAGGAUUCUGACUCUUCCUCCUUUGAAGAGACAGGACAAGCCUAUGUCGUAGGGAUAAGUAUGCACAGCUCUGACAUGCCUUCUACCCCUGGCUCUUUAAGUGUGAAUGAUUCACUGAGACAGAAGCUCAAUGCAUUACCAUCUCCAGAGAGAGAGAUUACAAUGGUGAAUCUGAAGAAGGAUGUGAAAUAUGGCCUGGGGUUUCAGAUAGUUGGGGGAGAGCACUCUGGCCGGAAAGAUUUGGGGACAUUCAUCAGCUCCAUUACUCCAGGGGGACCUGCUGACCUUAAUGGGUGCUUAAAGCCAGGAGAUCGACUAAUUUCUGUGAAUGACGUGAAUCUGGAGGGCAUCUCCCAUGAAGCAGCUGUAGAAGUCCUCCAAAAUAUGCCAGAUGAUGUCACACUAGUGGUCUCGCAGCCAAAAGAGAGGCUUUACAAAGAAUCUACAAGUACAUUUCAGCUCAAGAAUCAAAGUCGCGCAAGGUCACCCGGACAGAGGCAAAAACAAGAUGAUGAAUCCUCAUCAGAAGAACACAACAGGGCCCCGAGUUGCUCCAGACCAGCUUCAGGCGGCUCGGCGACUGUGUCAUUAAGCAGGCAAAAUGGCAGCAUGAGUUCACAGGAUUCUAGAACCGAAAGCGCAAGUCUCUCUCAGACCAUCAUCAAUGGCUUUCAUAAAAAACAGGUCCCUGAUGGAGCAGCACCACUUCCUUCUUGCCAUCCUGAAAACGCAGUGACUUCUGACACGCCUGCACCAGCUUUACCUCCAAAAACCUGGAAGGGACGAAUUCCUGAAAUUGUUAAAGACCAAUAUGAUUCAGACAGAGGGGACUCAGACAUGGAUGAAGACACAUGCUCAAGUAGCCAGGAGAAGCAAAUGUCUAAAGGGUUGUCUCCAAGCAGCUCCAUGGAAAAAUUAAGUGGUAAUGCCCAAGGUGUCAAUGAUCUCAAACCUGGAGAUUUAUUUGACGUACACUUGUCCAAAAAGGACAACAGUCUGGGCAUAAGUGUCACGGUACUGUUCGGCAAGGGUGGGGUGAAUACCAGCGUGAGACAUGGAGGGAUAUAUGUCAAGGCCAUAAUUCCUAAAGGGGCAGCUGAACUUGAUGGGAGGAUACAUAAGGGUGACCGUGUGUUGGCUGUUAACGGGACUAGUCUGGAGGGUGCCACUCACAAGCAGGCUGUGGAGACCUUGAGAGAUACUGGCCAGGUAGUCCACCUGUUGCUGGAAAAGGGCCAGCUUCCUGCUGCAAGAGUGCAUGCUCCUGUCACCCCACAGUGCACCCCUCCAUCAGUGUCCAAUGUGCAAACUGAUCAAGAGGUGGUGUGUGAAGCACAGGGCCCACCCAAGGAGUACAGCUUCAUUAAUGAUGACAAUGUGUUUGAAGUGAAGCUGCUGAAGAACACGUCAGGCCUGGGGUUCAGUUUCAGCAGGGAGGAGAACCUUCCCAUUGAGCCAGCGGGGGCCAGUGUAGUGAGGGUGAAGAAGCUGUUUCCAGGGCAACCAGCAGCGGAGAGUGGCAAGAUUGAAGUGGGCGAUGUCAUUCUCCACGUCAACCAGACCUCCUUGAAAGGGCUUUCGCAACACGAGGUGAUAUCGGCACUAAGAGGGACAGGGCUAGAAGUCACCCUGCUUUUGUGCCGUCCUCAGCCAGGAGUCAUUCCAGAGAUUGAUGCAACGUUUUUGACACCCAUGAGUUCUCCUAGGAAGGAGCUUUCAGCACCUUUGGAAACCAACCAGAAUAAAUCGGCCCUUCUACAGAAGGAGCAGAGCGACAGCUCAGCUGAAGAGAUUGAGGAGAAGGUAGGGGAGGCUGAGGAUGGACUGGAAAGGCUCCAGAUCAAAUCUCCAUCACGGCGGGACAGCUACAGCGACAGCACGGAUGAUGACGAGGUAGAGAAGGCCUUCAGCCCCUCGAUGGAGCAGAGCAGUCAAGCGUGGGAUGCCAGUAUCUACCAGACCCCCAGCUUAAGCACAACCCAGUAUGAAACUGCCUGUGAACUGGAGGACACAAUACAAACUGCUACCUAUUCGCCUCAAAGAUCACCCAGCAAGCCAGAGUUUCAUGACAGCAAUCCUCCCUCCCCACUGCUGUCUGAGAUGGAGCGCCAUCCACAGGCUGAGGUCCCAUCUCCUACACCUUUGGAUGAGAGAUACUUCAUCUCUAGCCCCAGCAGUCACUUGGCCACACCACUUGCACAUGAGCGUCAGACACAGGGAGUAGAAGCCAAUACAGGCUCACUCAGUGACAAAGGCCAAGAUCUUGAAGAGUUUGAACCUGAAGCUGAGCUCAGUGUCUCUUUAUUGAAGUCUGAGAAAGGUAGUCUGGGUUUCACUGUCACAAAAGGAAAUGAUCAGAGCUGCUACAUUCAUGACAUCAUCCAGGAUCCAGCCAAGAGUGAUGGCAGGCUGAAGCCAGGGGACAGGCUCAUAAUGGUGAAUGGGACUGAUGUCAGCAACAUGAGUCACACUGAAGUAGUCAAUGUUGUUCGAGCUGCGCCCAAAGUGGUUGAUUUAGUGAUCGGCCGCGUCUUGGAUGUCCCAAAACCUCCUAUAGAGCCCCGUCUUCUGCCAGAUAUUACAUUUCAGUGCCAAGAGGAGAAACUAGGGCUGGUUCUGGGAGGUGGCAGUGAGAGUCCAUAUAAGGUGUUAUAUGUGGCAGACAUUAUCCCGGGAUCAGCAGUUUCUGUACAGACAUGUCUACGACAGCUCGACCUCAUCCACUACAUCAAUGGGACUCUAACUCAAAACCUGUCUCUCAUGGAGGCCAAGAGUCUCCUGGAGUUGUCAAAGCCAAACAUUAUACUGAAAGCCACAAGGGAUGGUAGACCACUCGCACCAGGAACAAAAAGACUUGUAUCAUUAAACAACCUUAGUCUAAAAUUAAACGGAUCCUCUGGUGUGAAUGGUUAUCUCCAUGGAGAUGAGAGCAAUGAAUCUGAACUCUACACAUCUCUAAGCCCCUCUGAGGAAAGAAUAAUUCACAUUGAACUGGAUAAGCCUGACUCAGGAGGUCUAGGAUUUUCUGUGAUAGGUGGAGAAAAGGGCAUUUUUGUGAAGUCGAUCACACCGGGAAGUACAGCUGACAAGGAAGGAACAUUACAAGUCGGAGACAGGUUGCUGCAGGUCAAUGAGGAGUCGAUGGCGGGAGUAUCCCACCACAGAGCUGUGACCACAAUCCGCAAAACCCGAGGAGUGGUGCGCCUUACAGUCUCACGGCCUCCAGGAGAGAGUCCGUAUGACUUUCUGCCAUUGCUCCCGGCAAAACAUAAGUCAAAUAAAGAUACUGGCUAUGACAAUGGCGUGGAGUCUUCACUGUAUAAUCAUGCUGAUGGCCAGAUAAGUAAUCCACUAAGCAAGGCAAAAACACCACCAUCUUUGCCUCCUAUAGAUUAUGUCUCUAAGGCAUUAGAGGUGCUAAAAAGGGAGGAAGAGGAGACUCCUCUGUCUGAAGAUACAGACUGUGAUGGCUCUUCUCUGCCUGAGGACUCACCAGAGGCAUCAAGAAAAUAUGGUUGGAAAGAAGAAUCUGUGGAUGGCCCGCUUCUAGAGAGUUCUGCCCAUAGUAGCCAGAGGUCCACUGUGGGAGCUGCAGAUGAGGAUGACAUCACAUGGGGAAGUGAAGAACUACCUAUUGAGACUCUAAAGCCUAUGGUCACAGAAGAUGGUCCUAUAAUAACUGAUGAAGAGCUCACAUCGCUUCCUCUCAUCAAUGUGAUUCCUGGUGGCCAGUAUACAGGGUCCAAGCUUAAUGCUGUUAUUCGCAUGAUGCGAGGCCUGCUAGACCAGAAGAUCCCUUUACAAGAGUUUGAGAAUCUCCAGAAUCUGCUGCCAUUGGAUAACUGUUUAAUUGGGCAGACGAAGGAGAACAAAAAGAAGAACAGAUACAAAAACAUUGUUCCCUUUGACACAACAAGAGUAGUUUUGGGAAAAGACGGAGGUUAUAUCAAUGCCAGUUUCAUAAAAAUGCCAGUCAAAGACGAGGGAUUUCUGUACAUUGCCUGCCAAGGGCCCCUCCCAACAACACUGGCUGACUUCUGGCAGAUGGUUUGGGAACAAAAAUCCAACGUCAUUGCCAUGAUGACCCAGGAGGUGGAAGGAGGAAAAGUGAAGUGUCAACGAUACUGGCCUGAUACCCCCAGAAGUCCUGAAAUGGUAGAUGACAGGCUUGAGUUAACACUGAUCAAAGACCAACAUUUGGACAACUUCGUAAUUCGUCUGAUUGAGGUCAAGGAUGUUCAGACUGGCAAAGUCCAGCACGUCACCCAUCUGAACUACACUGGCUGGCCAGACCAUGGUACACCAACACAGCCAGAGCAGCUGCUCACCUUCAUCUCCUACAUGAGGCACAUCCACCAAUCAGGACCCAUUAUUACUCACUGCAGUGCUGGGAUUGGCCGCUCUGGGACUCUGAUUUGCAUUGAUGUGGUUCUAGGUCUAAUCAGCAAAGAUGUGGAUUUUGAUAUUUCAGAUGUGGUCCGCACAAUGAGACUUCAGCGACAAGGGAUGGUCCAAACAGAGGAGCAGUAUAUUUUCUGCUAUCAAGUCAUUUUGUAUGUGCUCAGAUGUCUUCAGGCUGAAGAGAAGAUCUCAGGAUAGCACAUUAAAGCUACCCCAUAGGACAUAUGCUACUGGUGCAGUGUGAGACCAAAACUUAACUGACCUAAUGGACUGUGAAUCAGAAAAGGCCCUGGAUUUAGAGAAAUCAGAUGGCAUUGUCACCAUUGAUCUUGGGGUAAAAUUAGACAGUAUGCUUGCAAUAAAUGUAUCCAAAGCUUUGUUGUAUGAGUUUCAGCUCAUUUUUGCCUGUUAGUAUGCAAUGAUUUGGUUGAUGUUUUUUUUUAUUAAGCUUUUGUAAAGAUUUACAUCAUGUCUACAUUCUAGAGAGCACGUUUGAACAAUUAAUAUAUUGACCUGUCCUUUUGGAGGGAAAAAGGACUUGACUUGAUCUUUGUAAAAGGACCAGACCACAGAGUGUCACCUUGACCAUUCAGUAGUAGAGCCAACAUUAGUGAAAUAAAAGUCAAACGGCUUUAUUACACAGUGUACAGGUUGGCACUAUGGUGUUGUCACUUCUUUUAUUUAGAAUGUAGAUGUUUGAACUUCUGCAUAAUAUAUAGAAACUGCAUUGGUUGCUUCUGUGCUAGAGGUCAUGUCCUUUCAGGGAAAAAUCUUUUAAGCCCCAACUCUGCCUGCCCCCAGAAUGCAAAUAUUUGGAAAGUAUAAUUUUGUGAAAAUUUCUGGAUCCUGACAAAGUAAAUGUUUAAAAUGAUUAUUCAUGGGUGCAUAUGAAUCCUCUAAUGAAACGGAUCACACAGGCAACCUUUAUCAGUUUUCCUGACAAGGGAGAUGAACUGCUUUCUUGAAUCAUUGGGUCCUGAAUAAAGAAGCCUUUUCCUUCCCUGAGAUAUUAUCCUGCGCCCCAACAACAUACUGUACAAAGAGCUGUAUGUAACAAAACUGCCUGCUGCAAUUCUAAAAGUAAGAUUCCAAGAAAAUAUUGUAAUUGAUUGUCGUGAAAUAUUAAAAGUGCCCUUGACACUAAGACAACAGUUAAUAUCACAGUAACUGCAAGUCAGACAUGUAUUUGUUAGCACGGUCUUAAGCAAUAUGCUGUACAGUAAACUUAUUUUAUAAAGUUAUGAAAGCAGUCUGCAAAUGAAUUUUAAUACAAAACAACAUCUGUCAAUCAAGCUGUUGUCUACGGCUGCUUUCCAUCAACUUAUAGGAAAGGUAACCAAAGUAAUGUUAAUUGUAGGGUGAUGACUAAAAUCUACUGUUGCUUAAUUUUAAUACACUUCAUAUUAAAUGUUUUAACUUCUGGAAAUACUUAUAAACUGUUUAGGCCUUUUCAUCAUAAAUAAGAAGUAAAAAUGAGAUCUAGCAGGUAGAAGUUUAUUGCACGAUGUAGUACAAGACUGCAGUAAGUUUAAGGAUUAAUGGAAUGCUGAAAAGAAGAAUGCAGUUUAAGCACCAACAGGUUAGACACGUUUUUAAAAUCAUAGCCAUUCUGAAGAUGUGUACAGUAAAAGUGUAAACCAUAAUUCAAUGAAUAGUAAUGCAUAAUACAUAUUGAUAUUUCCUAGACAAAUUCUUAUAAACACUUAAUAGUAUAAUAAAACCUAUAAAUUUAAUCUAUGUUGGUCGUUAUAAUGUACCCAAGAAUAUUACAGGGGUUUGUUUAACUGCUUAUGUCAUUCUGGAGUAUAAAGGUACCUUUGUAUUCAAAUUUACAGGUAACUUUUCUCAGCAACUACACCAACAACAAUAAAUUGGUUGAUGGGGGGGAGAAUGAUUUCAUAUCCCUGAAACAAACUUAUUUGGCAGAUGAAAGGGGCUAUGAUUGUGAUUGGUUCAAAUCAAAAUGUGUACACAUGUACAGAGAAUAGUGUGCUCAAUAUACCACUAAUCACCUUAUUUAAGAAAAUUGUCACUUUCAAGGGUAAUAUGAGAACAUUGAACAAAGAGAAAUGGUCACACUCCAGCUCAGUUCUUAGAGGUACUGUAGUAUUGUAACCUAUAAUUAGAUGUUUAAUGGAAAAGGGAUAUUAAACAAAAUAAUUGACUUUUUUAUUUUCAAUUUAAAUGAAUAAAUGCCGUGUAAUACAUAUAUUGUAUAUGUGUAAAUCUAUAAAGUAUUGUUUGCUUCAUAUACUGUAUAUGAAAUGAUAUAUACUAAGGCAUUAUUGUACAUGAAAUAAAUAUAUCUUUUUAAGGUA